AUGGACAGCGAAUCAUUUCAUAAGCAAAUCGACAAAAACUUGAGGAAAGAACAAGACAAAGGGAAAGGGAAGGGAGUAGAAAACCAAGAAGGAAAUCAGGUUGAAGGAACGAGCAAGGUACAAGAAGAAUGUGGGAGAGAAGGAGGACAAGAGGAAGGUGAAGGCAGGAAAGAUGCAGGUGAAAAACCAACCAAGUCUACCAGUCAAAAACCAGAAAAUCCAACAACCUGUCAAUCCAAGAGAAAGAAAGUUGCCCCGAAACCGUUCCCACCACCAACACCGGCAGCUAUCAGCAAAGCAAAAGCCAUAGGCCAGAUACACAUCAAGAAGCUGAAACCAACAGAAAAGAAGACACAAGAUCAACAAGACAAUUCUCAAGCGAGUCAGAAGAAGAGAAAGACUGGUCCUACUCACCAACUCAACACAAACCAAGGGAGUUCUAACCAACAACCACCACCCAAUCAACAAGCCCCACCGAAACCUCCACCAACGACCAACCCUCCAGCUCAUCAACCUAGAAAUCAAAUGGUAGAAGAACAAUCAGGAGAUGAGUCAGAAGAAGAUGGAGCACAAGAAGGCAAUAACCAAGGAGGUGGUAUGUGGUUAGGAGAAAGACAUGAUCAGAAUCCUCAAAUGAUCGGGACUGUAGGAGGAAUAGUACUAGGAGAUGUCAAAGAAGGGAAAUACCUCCCAAGGAGAUGA